AUGGCGGCAACAUCUUCCUUUUUCCAAGACUCACACCAUAUGGACUUCUCUGGGGGAAAUUCAUUCACAAACGCAAGAACCAUCGUUAACCACAAUUAUCCGGCGCUCCCACAGCCUGGAUAUGGGGUAUCAUGUUUGCGGGAUAAGGAGCGAUCGGACAAGGAGAAGUUGUUUAAUUUGGCUGAAGAACAUGGGUUCAGGUUAAUAAGGAUGGGGGAUAUUAUUAUGGGAAAAGAAGUUUCAUCGGAUAUUCUCAACAUUUCAGUCAAACGUCCUGCUGGCCGUGUCUUGAAGGAUACAAACCCCUUCCGAAGCCGUGUCAACGGAGGCGAUCAAGUCGGUGUUUCGUGCAAAAUCAGAAGGAGGAUACAGAAUGCAACAAUUAUCAACUUUCAGGAUCAAAAUUUUACCAUGGUCACUUUUAAACCUGAGGAUGGGACAGAUGCUGAGAAUAUCGAGAUGGUAUGGAAGCAGAUUUAUGAUGCAUCAUCCUCUCAACGACAUGACAUGUUACCUCAGCUUUUUGGAUUAAGCCAGUCAAGAAUACCAACCCUAAUAUUCCAUGAUGCAUUCAUUGGUGGAGGUGCUAUAUUUAGUCAGCUUGGUGUCAAUGCACCAGUUGUUCGGAGUUAUCUCUGGCAUCAAAUUUACCAUUCAUUCUAUACUAUGGUGGAUGACAGUGAUAUGCAGAGAUUGUUGAAAAAUGUUCAAACAUUCAAUCUUGAAGAAUGGGUUUUCAACUUCAGGAGCAAUGUGUGGCAGUAUGACAUCACAUCCUCCUUUUCUGAGUUACCCAGGUCCAGAAGCAGAACUCUAUUCACCUCCUUUCAACUAAUGAACCAACCCAAUCAGAAUUUAUGCCUUGAAUCUGAGGCAAUUGUUGGUGGUCUGCAGGAAGAGUUCUUCAAGUUGGUUACCUCAUUUGGAGUUAUGCACAUCCUUCCACAUGACUUUGUGCCUCAUGGUCUGCUUACUUUUGGAGCCAUUAUUGAUUGGGGGAAAUCCCAUAUUCUGGCACAUCUCCCUUCCAUACCAUUUCCUGAAUGGCAUCUUUAUCCCAGUAUACAUGGAGUUAAAUCCAGACUUUCAGAGUCAGUUCCUGGUCAUAUUGACCUGAUAUUUGAUGAGCCUGGAGUCAACAUAAUCAGACUACAGGUUGGGUUGAAAAUUGCUUCCGACAAACGUGAACACCUUCAAUGUACAUACCUCAGUCAAUCACUCCAGCUCUCCAAGAAUACUGGUUGUCCUGAAGCCACUUGGAACAGUGUAUUGCUCAUGGAUGAAAUUGUCUUUAUCCUGACUGGGACCUUCACCACUGACUUUAUAUGCAACUACUCAUCUCAAGUCUACCUAUUUAUCCAACCACUUCUUUCAAUAUCAACUGAAAGAAUCAACAACAUGCCAUGUCUCCAUUGGCCUUUGGACACCCAGUUGUACUAUUGGUCUUCUGAUUCCAAAGGGAAUAUACCAAUUCCAGAGGAGGAUUGGGCACAGUAUUGCAUCCCAGUACUGGAUUUGGACAUAUAUAUUGGGACUUCAUGGACUCAGUUUGAUUAUGCAUCUGUGCAGGAAUAUCUGACAAUCAAGGGGUAUGAUCCUUACAGUGAUGAGUAUGCAAGGGUGCAUGGAUAUCAAAUUAUGAACCAGUGGGAUCCACAUACUGGGGAUGAAUGGGUUCAUCUAGAGAGCCAGGAAUGGACAAAAGCUGAAGGCCAAUUGUGUUCCAUCAUGUCUUCUUCAACAGAUUCUCUGAUCUCACAAAGUGAGACCUGCCAUGAGAACCCAGGAUCCAAUGAAGCUUUGAAGAAUCUAAAAAGUGAUAAAUUCAUGAGCUGGCUAUCAAGGGAUUGGCUAAAACAUGGUCAUGGUAAGCCACCAUUUAUAUAUUUUUGGGAACUCCCAGCUUAG